UACAGCAGUACUGUAACUACAGGGUGUCAAUUACAGUCUCUCUCUCUCUCUGUUUUAUCUCCUGUUAAAAAUAGAUGUUGGCACCUGUAGGUCAGGGGAGGGAGAGUAGAUUAAAACCCUAAAAAGGGCUCCUAAGACGCCGACUUCAGCAUCCUUUUGGAAGUCGCUUUUACUUGAAAAAAAAAAUAAAAAAAAAAUACUUGUCUUAAAAUCAACCCAAGGCUUUUUAAAAUAUUUACAAACUGAGGCAUCUUUCAAAAUUGUGCCGAGGGCAAAAAGAGCACCAAAGCUCAAAGUUGUCAUCGUUGUAGAAAAUGUGUUUCUCUCUUUUGGAAGUUAGUGAGAACUUAUACAAGGCUACGAAUUCCCAAUGCUGGUCCCUCUGAGGUUGUGGUUCCAGCAGGAGCUUUCCAACUGCUCUCAGGCUGCUCUUCCAACACUCAAAGCGCUUCUUUUCUCUUGGGGUCUUUUUCAGAGUGUUCCCGACAUGCCUGCGAGAGGCAUUACACUUUAUCGGCAGGAGCAAACGCAACAUCAAAGCUCAAAACAUGUUGUCCAACACUCAAGGAAAUCAAGCUCUCAGGUAGUGAAGAAGGAGCAGGUCCAGGCCACGGAGGCUAUGGCAGAACAAGCCUACACAGUGCCAACCUUCAGGGAGAGGGCUCCUGAAGGCAUGCAAGAGUAUCAAAGAAUGGCGGCUCACUUUGGAAGAGAUUUGGUUCAGCUGCAGCACGAGCUGCACAGGAUGAAAGUGGCCACAAAGGAGCAAGUAGACAAUAUUGAGAUUACUAGGGAGGUGAAGGGAAUGAUGCCUUUGAGGAAGGAUUAUCCUGCUGAGGUUCCCAAAGCACCGGACUUCCUGGUCAGUCUGAGAUCUCACACCGUGUGGGAAAAGACUCCCGUCAAGCUGUUCUGCACUGUGUCCGGCAAACCCAACCCUAUUGUCAAAUGGUAUAGGAAUAAUGUUGCCAUUGAACCCUUGAGCGCUCCUGGAAAGUACAAAAUUGAGAACAAGUAUGGGGUUCACAGUCUGAUUAUUAGCAGAUGUGCAGUUACUGAUUCUGGGAUAUACAGUGCUGUGGCAACCAAUCCGCAUGGAAAGGCCACCUCCAAGGCUACUGUCUGUGUUAGGAGGCCACUAGGGGGAGGAGAGCUCUCCCAUCUGCCAGGACAAGUUCCUCUGCUCAGCGGCAUUCAUCCCAGUAAGCUUGAGGUGACCUUGCUGGAAUCAUUUGGGGUGACGUUUGGUACCGAAGGAGAGUCUGUUAGUCUGGUGGCCAACAUGGUGGUGGUGCCUGAUCUGCCAAACCUGCCACCCGAGGCCAUGUGGUACAGAGAUGAUACUUUGCUAAUGCCAUCCAGGUGGGCUGAGAUGUCUAUUGGUGGUGGGGUCGCCAAGCUCACUCUUCCUCACCUGAACAAGGACGAUGAGGGUCUUUACACGCUUUGCAUUUGGACCAAGGAUGGAACUGCAGAACACAGUGCUUACCUGUUUGUUAAAGAUGCCACUCCCACAGUGGCCGGGGCCCCUGGAGCCCCCAUGGAUGUUGCAGUCUUUGAUGUCAAUGCGGAUUACGUCCUGGUCUCCUGGAAACCUCCAAACACCACCCAUGAGGCUCCCAUCACUGGAUACUUUGUGGACAGCCCUCGAGGACGGGCACCUGUGUGGUACCUCAUUGAGAAGUGUGUAGGUGACAGUCACAUCUGGCAGAGAGUCAACACUGCGGUCCAGCUACGAUCUCCCCGUUUCCCUGUUUACGAUAUGGAGGACAAGAAAUCUUACCGUUUCCGCGUAAUCACUGUCAACAAGUAUGGCUCAAGUGAGCCGUCAGAGCCCACAGCAGCCAUCCAAAAGGUGGACCCUUAUGGUGUUGUUUCGAACAUUGGUGUCCCUUCUGCCCCAGGACAGGUGAUUGCUUCCAGAAACACCAAAACAUCUGCUUUUGUGCAGUGGGAGCCCCCGAAACAUGCCAACAACCUCAUGGGUUAUUAUGUGGAUGCAUCUCUGGUCGGCUCCAAGAAAUGGUUCCCUUGUAACCACAGGCCUUACAAACACACCAGGUUUGUGGUCCAUGGUUUGGUCCCCGGAGACACUUACGUGUUCCGUGUGCAAGCUGUGAAUGCUUCCGGUUUGAGUGAAGAAUCACAGGACUCUGCUCCUUUCUUCAUUGAUGCUGCUCUUUCUACUCCCUCUGCCCCAUACGGCAUCAGUCUGCUCAACUGUAAUGGAUCCUCCAUGACCCUGGCCUGGAAACGCCCCAAAAACACUGGCGGCUCUAAGAUCACGUCUUACUACCUGGACAAGCGCGAGGCAGAAUCAGUGGACUGGAAGGAGGUUAACCCCAGUCCAGCUGCCCACAGGACCUUCAUGGUGGAGAAUCUGACCACUGGAGUUUUCUAUGAGUUCAAGAUUCAGGCUGCUAACUUGGCCGGAGUUGGCCUUCCAUCUGAGCCCAGCAAAGCUUUUGCCUGCGAGGCCUGGACAAUGGCUGAACCUGGCCCAGCAUAUGACAUUAGUUUCUGGGAGGUGCGUGAUACCUUCGUCCUGGUGCAGUGGAAGCCUCCUGUGUACGCCGGAGCUGGUCCCAUCACUGGCUACUUUGUGGACAUGGCUAAGAAGGGCUCAUCAGAUUUUGUCGCUGUGAAUGCGGAGCCAGUUGGGCAUUGUUACCUGAAGGUGUCUGGACUAGAGACUGGAGCUUCAUAUGUGUUCAGAGUGCGGGCUGUGAAUGCUAAAGAUGUUGGAAAAGCCUCAGAUGUGUCCGAUCCUGUAUGUGCUAAAGCGCUGCCAGGUACAAAGGAGAUUGUAUGUGGUGUGGAUGAAGAGACCGGAGACAUUUUCUUGAACUUUGAAGCUUGUGAAGUUUCUGAGACCUCUAAGUUCACAUGGUCAAAGUCCUACAAAGAAAUCACUGAAUCAAGCAGGGUCUCCAUCACGUCCUCUGGAAGAAACUCGAAGCUGACAUUUGUAAACGCUGAGAAGGAGGAUUUGGGCAUCUACUCUGUCGCGGUGACCAAUACAGACGGAGUUUCAUCCAGUUACUCCGUCAAUGAAGAAGAGCUCAAGAAAAUGCUUGAGCUGAGCUACAACAUCAAACAUCCCAUUGUUCCACUGAAGACGGAGCUGAACUAUGAGAUUCUGGAGAAGGGUCACGUGCGUUUCUGGGUGCAGGCUAUGAAGUUGUCCUCCUCUGUCAACUACAGGUUCAUCGUCAAUGAUAAAGCCAUCACGAGUGCUGAGGGUUACAAAAUCAGCCAUGAUGCUUCUACUGGAAUCAUCCAGAUGACUAUUGAGCACUUCACCAAGGCCAAUGAAGGCACUUACACCAUUCAGAUCCACGAUGGCAAGGCCAAGAGCCAAAGCUCACUGGUUCUUGUGGGAGACGCAUUCAAAGGUGCUCUGAAGGAAGCUGAGUUCCAGAGAAAAGAGCACAUCAGAAAACAAGGUCCUCACUUCUCAGAGUACCUGUCUUUCCAUGUGACGGAUGACUGCACAGUGAUGCUAGUCUGCAAGCUGGCCAAUGUGAAGAAAGAGACAACAUUUACCUGGUUUAAAGAUGAUGAAGAAAUUCCUGUUGAUGUUCCACCAAACCCAAUGUCUGGAUCUUGCUCUCUUCCAAUCCCCAUGUUCUCCAGGAAAGACCAGGGAAUUUACAAAGCUGUACUGGGUGAUGACCAUGGAAAGGACACCUCUGUCUAUGACAUUUCUGGCAAAGUGUUUGAGGAUAUCAUCAACGCAAUCGCCAGUAUUGCUGGUUCCUCUGCCUCUGACUUGGUUCUUCAGUGCACACCAGAGGGUAUCAGACUGCAAUGCUACAUGAAGUACUACACAGAGGAGAUGAAAACUAGCUGGUUUCAUAGAGACAGUAAAAUCUCCUCCUCAGAGAAGAUGAGAAUCGGAGGCACAUCUGAGAUGGCCUGGAUGCAGAUCUGUGAGCCCACAGAUAAGGAAAAGGGUCAUUAUACCAUUGAGAUUCAUGAUGGGAAGAAAUCACACUCUCGCACCUUUGACCUUUCUGGACAAGCAUACACUGAUGCCUAUGCAGAAUUCCAAAGACUGAAAGCUGCUGCCUUUGCUGAGAAGAACCGUGGUAGAGUGGUAGGUGGCCUGCCAGAUGUUGUCACCAUUAUGGAGAAGAAGAGCCUGAGUCUAACUUGCACAGUGUGGGGUGACCCCAGCCCAGAGGUCACCUGGUUUAAGAAUGAGCAGGAAGUUGUGUCUGACGACCGCUACAAGAUCACCUUCGAGGGCGGCAAGUUCGCCAGCCUCACUAUCAAUAAUGUGUACGUUGAAGAUUCUGGAAAGUACAGCAUCAAUGUACGGAACAAGUACGGAGGUGAAUUCGUGGAGAUCACAGUCAGUGUCUACAAACAAGGCGGAGACAUCCCUGAGCCCAAACUGGGACAGAUGGCCAAGCCCGCCGUUACCCCCAAGCCAGCUACACCCGCUCCACAGUCAGUGAAGACCCCGACUCCUCCAACUCCUACACCCUCCGUUAAGUCCCCAACCCCUACUCCACCUCCCUCUGUGAAAUCUCCCACUCCAACUCCAGCUCCUAAAUCCCCCACCCCACCCAGAUCCAUGAGAUCCCCCACCCCGCCAAGAUCAAUGAGAUCCCCUACCCCUACUAAGUAACUAGUAAACUAUAGAAUCUGAAGAUUUGUGAAGUAUUGACAGAGUUGAUGUAUAGUCUUUCAAUUCAAAUCAACUGAAGAUGAUCUGUUUUAGUUUUUGCUGCAGUAGUCUACAAAUCAGGAUCUGUCACUGGUACAACUGCGAGGUUAAAUAUACGUACAGAAAAAUAUCUCAGGGAAGAGUCCCUUAAGAUCAGCUUCAGACUCCAGUGUACCAGUUUUCAUCUCUGAAAUAGAAAAAAAAGAAUAAUACAAAAAUAGGAAAAUUGUGUUGUAUGUAUUGCUUUCGCAGCCAAAUGAUAAGAAAGUUGCUGAAGUGCUGCUGGGCCUGUCAAAAAUCAUCACAAAGGCCACCACGGUCUUAUCUGUUUUUGUUCUGUACCCCUCCCAAAUGCUUGUUGGUGCCAAUAAAAAUCAACCGUAUCCUCUCUGGAGUGGA